AUGUGUCCAAGGUACAUUGACGAUGCCCAAGAGGUUGAUUUCAUCCGUAAGACUGCCGUAAUUGACAGAGAGCUCCAUCGUUUGAAUGUUGACAUCGCGGGACUGCAGGAGACGAGGCUUCCAGAUGCGGGCUCUAUCAGGGAGGAUAAUUACACAUUCUUCUGGCAGGGGAAGUCUCAAGACGAGCCAAGACUUCAUGGCGUAGGAUUUGCUGUUAAAAACGCCCUCCUGGACUGGACUGUGCCACCAUCCGGUGGAACAGAGCGAAUUAUUGAUUUGAAAAUAUGCUCCUCAAGUGGCACUGUCAACAUCCUAAAUGUGUACGCUCCUACCUUAUCAUCCAGCAUGGAAGAGAAGGAUCUGUUUUAUGAUUUACUCAGUGACAGAAUAGCCAAGGUACCUAGCACCGAGACACUGUAUAUUCUACGGGACUUUAAUGCUAGAGUUGGAUCAGAUAACGACAUAUGGCCGAAUUGCCUGGGACAUCAUGGGGUGGGAAAAAUGAAUGAAAAUGGCCAGAGACUGCUUGAAGUUUGCUGCUUUUAUGGACUCUGUAUCACAAACACAUAUUUCCAGCUUAAGGAUCAGCACAAGGUGUCUUGGAGACACCCGCGCUCUCAUCACUGGCAUCAACUUGACUUAGUCAUAGCUAGGCGUAUACAGAAAGCGGCCGACUCUGGAAAUGCUAAGGCAAUGUACGAUGGUAUUAAGAAAGCAAUUGGACCAACUGUCAGGAAAACAGCUCCUCUGAAGUCCAAGACGGGUGAAGUCAUUACUGAUGAAGGCAAACUAAUGGAACGCUGGGAUGAACACUACCUCGAGUUGUGUGCAGCCGAGAAUGAAGUUAGCAAGGAUGCAUGUGACGCCAUCAAACAAAUGCCAGUUAUGGAAGAACUAGAUGCAAUGCCUACUAUGGAAGAACUUAGUAGAGAAAUAGAUUCUCUUGCUAACGAAAAGGCCCCAGCCCCGCCGACGCCGACGCCGGCGGCGAUGCCGACGGAGACGCCCCGGUGCCUCGGGCGCUUUUACUGCCCCCCGCGGUCACGUUGCUCAGCUGUGCGGUCGCCCACCCCGAGUGACCACCGCCUCAGGGGCUCCGGCGUCUCCAGCAGCCCGGGCGCUGCGGCGCGUCUAGGGAGAGUUGGCAGGACGGCGCUGGCGGCGUCGGAUCUGGCGCGCGACUCCUCGGGCGCGGCAAAGAAGCAGCGCGUAGUUUGCAAGUUAUCUGGCGGGAGGGUCGACUGUGCGCCGCUGCUGGCAGAGAGCAGCCGCUAA